AUGUCCGUCAACUGCUCGGAAUGUCGGGGCGACACCAUCUGGGACGACGAGGCUGCUUCCGCGAUAUGCACAACUUGUGGAACCCUGACUGAUCCAUCACAGUCUAUUCUAACAUCUCAGGACUACCGGAGCGAGUUUUUACAUUCGAAUCCACUCUGGGUCCCUGCUGCACCCUCAACCCUCAAAGUUUCGCGUAGAAAUGGGGGCCAAUGGGACUUGUCGGGCCAAGAAGCAGAAGCUCGAGGAAGGAAAAACUCGGCAAGUCGGUCCAACAUAUCUCCCUCAUUGAUACUAACGCCUCUUUCUCAGUAUGCAAUAGCUGAAUUCAUUAAUUCUCUUGCGGUGUCAAUGAACGCCGCCGCUCUAUCCCCACGCGCGUUAACUCUUUUCAACCAGGCCAAGACCGCAGGUCAGUUUCGUUGGGGUAGAAAGACCAGACUAAUUGCAGGAGCAUGUCUAUCGAUUGCGCUUCGCGAAGCGAACAGGCCAAAUUCAUUCCACGACAUAGCUUUCUUGCUCAAAACAUCGCCAACUUCGCUCACCCGGACUUAUAUAUCUAUAACAUCUUUACUUAAUUUCACCUCAACCGUCAUUGAUCCUUCCAUCCAUAUAUCUACCCUCCAAUCACACUUGGCGUCCGUCUUGAGAGACAAUCAGAAAGAUUCUGGUCUUCCUGACUCAUUGGUCAAAUUUCUACAACCAAUUUGCUUGCGUACUGUGUCAACGACGGCAAACUCUUUAUGUUCUCUCAUCGCUCGUCUCUGCCCGGAUGACGAUUUGAAAAGGCUACCGCCUGCGCCCACCGCGUGCGCCAUCUUCAUGUUGUCGUUGGAGGCCGAAUGCCGCGAAACCAUCAGUCCCCUCGGCGGUCUUGCCCAAUGUCUAGGCGCCCGAUGUCACGUAGGGAAAGGCGUUGUAAUGACCCGUUACAAGGCGAUCCAAGACGAAGUCGCAUCUUGGAUUGAGAAGGUCCCAUGGCUCGACAAGUAUGAAGGCAAAUCGCGCCGUGCCAAGGUUUCUCGACGACUCGUCGUUGCGCGCGGACUCAAGGAUGUCAUUAACUUUCAAGACGAGAUAUGGCGGGAUGCGGUACCGCCUAAUCCCUUGCUCGAUGAAGACGACGAGGACGAAGAAAAUGACUCUACAACAAAUAUACCAGUCUCUGCCAGUCAGGAUACCAGGCCGCCCCCGCGCAAACGACAAAAGACUCAUCACUCGUUGCUAGAUGCCACACAUUUCCUUCUUGAUCCACUUUCAGGCUCUAUACCACCAUCAUCACAUACCCUCAUACGCCAACACUCUUGUACAUUACCAUCAAGUGCAGCCUCCACCCAAUUGUCAUCAUCAUCAAGUAAUCACCUACUCCCAGUUACGUCCUAUAUUCUUACCGCCCCGCUAUCAAAUCUCAUCUCCAAACACGCUCCAACGCGGCUCCAACGACUCACCGUCGAUCGAGGCGGUUCAGGCGAAGCUGAAGUUGCAGACGACGAGCUUUUCACAGAAGGAGAGUUGGAAGGGUUUCUCAGAAAUGAAGGAGAAGUAGAAAUAUUGCGUCAGGCCUUUGGUUGGGACCAAGAUAACCCAGAACCUGUCGUUGAAGAGAUCCGAGUCUCACGAAAAUCAAGAGCUGGAACCGACGCUGUCAAGAAGAAAUCGAGACUUAAUCUAGAAGCCCUGGCCCAAUUUCUCGACGGGGGCGACGAAGAGAAGGAAAGUGAUUUUGAAUUCGGCCUCUAUGGUUUUGAUAAAUCCGACGGGCACUCUGACGAUGACGUUGAGACUUCCCAGGACCCCUUCAGCAUUCACCGUCUUCCAACGACGUCUCACGUUUCUUCAAGAACAAUGGAGAACUGCCAAACGGAUGGCGAGGUCGUCAUUGAUACCUGGCGACCUCUAACUCCGGAACGCGACGUUGACGCGAACAGGUACGACGAGGAGUAUGAUUGACAAAUUUCGUACUCUUUAGGAUACACAGAGGAAUUUCACAUUUUCCAAUAUUGCUCACUAGUCACAUAUUACUGGGUAUGGCUUUAUGAAAUGGACGUUGAACUCUUUUCCAAUGGAUCAAUGAAUUACUUGGCCUUAGC